UGCUGUUUUCAUUUCCUCAUGGGAAGAAGAAGCAGAGCAAAGAAGAGAAGCAGACACAAGGCAUUGAACGUCUGUCACCAUGGGGAACUGGAUUGAGAAUGAAGGGCUCUCCAUCUUUGUCGUCCUGGUAUGGCUGGGGAUGAACGUCUUCCUCUUCAUCCGGUUCUACAGGUUUUAUGACAUUGGACCUCAGUACCAUUACACUCGAAAACUUCUUGGGUUUGCGCUGCCAUUGGCCAGGGCCCCUGCAGCCUGCCUGAAUUUCAACUGCAUGCUGAUUCUGCUGCCAGUCUGUCGAAAUCUGCUCUCCUUCCUCAGGGGUUCCAGCGCGUGCUGUUCCACAAGAAUUCGAAGACAACUGGACAGGAACCUCACUUUCCAUAAAAUGGUGGCGUGGAUGAUUGCACUUCACACUGCGAUUCAUACCAUUGCCCAUCUGUUUAAUGUGGAGUGGUGUGUGAAUGCCCGAGUCAACAAAUCUGAUAGCUAUUCAAUAGCACUCUCUAGACUUGGAGAUAAACCUGGUGAAACUUACCUCAAUUUUGCUCGAGAGGAAAUCCCGAAUCCUGAGGGAGGCCUGUAUGUGGCUGUGACCCGCGUGGCCGGCAUCACUGGUAUCGUGAUCACCCUGUGCCUCAUACUAAUUAUCACCUCCUCUGCCAAAACCAUCCGGAGGUCUUACUUUGAAGUGUUUUGGUACACGCACCAUCUUUUUGUGAUCUUCUUCAUUGGCCUCGCCAUCCAUGGAGCUGAGCGAAUUGUUCGCCAGCAAACCCAAGAGAGUUUAGACAAAGACAACCCUGAAAAGUGUGACAAAGACCCCUCAGAAUGGGGAAAACCAGGAAAAUGUGCAAUCCCACAGUUCGCUGGGAACCCUCCUAUGACGUGGAAAUGGAUAGUGGGUCCCAUGUUUCUGUAUCUCUGUGAGAGGCUGGUACGGUUUUGGCGAUCUCAACAGAAGGUGGUCAUCACCAAGGUGGUCACUCACCCUUUCAAAACCAUCGAGCUACAGAUGAAGAAGAAGGGAUUCAAGAUGGAGGUGGGACAAUACAUUUUUGUCAAGUGCCCCAAGGUGUCCAGGCUGGAGUGGCACCCUUUCACACUGACCUCCGCCCCUGAGGAAGACUUCUUCAGCAUCCAUAUUCGGAUCGUUGGGGACUGGACGGAAGGACUUUUCAAUGCUUGUGGCUGUGAUAAGCAGGAGUUUCAGGAUGCUUGGAAACUACCUAAGAUAGCUGUGGACGGGCCCUUCGGCACAGCCAGUGAAGAUGUGUUCAGUUAUGAGGUGGUGAUGUUAGUGGGAGCAGGGAUUGGGGUCACACCCUUUGCAUCCAUUCUCAAGUCUGUCUGGUACAAAUACUGCAACAACGCCACAAAUCUGAGACUCAAAAAGAUAUACUUCUACUGGCUGUGCCGGGACACACACGCCUUUGAGUGGUUUGCGGACUUGCUGCAGCUUCUAGAGACCCAGAUGCAGGAGAGGAACAACGCCGGCUUCCUCAGCUAUAACAUCUAUCUCACGGGCUGGGAUGAGUCUCAGGCCGAUCACUUUGCUGUGCACCAUGACGAGGAGAAAGAUGUGAUCACAGGCCUGAAACAAAAGACCUUGUAUGGACGACCCAACUGGGAUAAUGAAUUCAAGACAAUCGCGAGUCAACACCCAAAUACCAGAAUAGGAGUUUUCCUCUGCGGACCUGAAGCCUUAGCUGAAACCCUCAGUAAACAGUGCAUCUCCAACUCUGAGUCUGGCCCCCGGGGAGUGCAUUUCAUUUUCAACAAGGAAAACUUCUAACUGCUGUCUUCUCGUGAGAUCAGUGUGGGUUAUGCCACCAAGUACCUAACCCAAUAAUGCUAGCUGAUCAUGUAAGUCCCGCCCCCAUCCUUAAAAAAAGAGAGAAAAUGAAGCUAUAAGGGGAAGGUUUUCCCUGAAAGGAAUGUUAAAGAUCGUUUGAUAGUGAUAAUUCGCAUUCGUAUGGGGCUUUAUGGUUUUCAGAGCACUUUUACAAACUUGAUUUCAUGUUUCACUCACAAUAAUGCCAGAGAAAGGUAGGGCAAGGGUUCCUGGACUCAGUAUUUAGGAUUAAAAAAAAAUAGGGACUCAAAAUGGGGAAGUAACUUCCCAAAGAUUCUGAAGCGUGGACCACAUCUAGUCCAUACAGCCCCAGGUUUGGGGGUCUUUCUGUGAUACCAGGCCGCCUAGAGAUAGGCUCAUGUACUCCCCAAAAGAAGCAACAAUCCAGGGAGUGGCCAUUCAUUUUCCGUCUUGUGUUAUCUUUGUAAUCAUUGUCGUCAUAGUGAAUGAAAUCUUCCAAAUAUUUAGGAGAUAAUAUAUGCCAAGAAGGAUUGAACACUUAAGAGUGACAGGAUGGCCAUCAGAGCAUUUACAAGGAUGUUUGGCAGAGUGGAUACUCAGUGAAAGUUUACUGAAUGAAUGAAUGAAUGAAAAGACAUUUAGAACCAUAUAAGGCCCAAGUCGAAAUAAUUUAAAGUCUUAAACUAAGAAUUGUGCCAAAGAUUUAUCCGGUAUGCCCAGCUACUUUAAAAUAGCACCUACCCCUUGUUUUAUUUAAAUACACACACAAAAUGGCUCUUACUUGUGUGAAUACUGGUUUAUUUUUACAUCAUCUUCAUCAUCAUCAU